AUGGGUUUACGCCGAACGCCGCCUCCAGAGGCUGCGCCGGUAGCAGCAACGUCACGAGCAACAACAUCGCAAGGAACAACACCGAGAGCAAUCACGCCGAGAGCAACAACACCGAGGACUACGACGCCGAGAACGAGGACAAAACGAGCGACAACGCCAAGAUCAGGGUCUUCAGAUCCGACCGUCCAUCUCCAACGCGCUGCCGAAGUACUCCAAGUCCUCGACACCUUCGAUGCCUCCACGCGCGACGAAAUAACCAUCAUCAAGAUCUCCGAGCCUAUAUCAAGCGCAUUGCACUCAGCUGCAUCCAAGAACAACAUCAACAAUAGCAACAGUGACGGGUCACAGGACCAGCAACCAAGCAGCACCGCGCCGCGCACCUCAGACGUUUCCACCCACAGCGCCUCCUCCGCGCUCGAUGCGCCCACGCCCGCCAGCCUCGAGGCCGAGCUGGCGCACUACAAGGAACUCUUCGCCAAGCUUCGCUUCUCCUACGUCGAACAAGUCACCAAAGAAAAAUUUAUCCGCGCCAUCGUCGGCGACCCUCCGCUGAUCGUCACCCCCCAAGAGAAUGCCGACCUCGAGGCAAGCAACGUGGCCGCCAAGGCCUCGCUCAAGGCGCUCAAGACCGAAGUCGCGCUGCUCGUUGAAGACCUCGAGUCCCGAUCGCGGGAGCUCGCAGCGCGGUACGAGCGCGUAAAGCUGGACAGAGUCAAGCUAAGGGAGCUGCCGGCAAAAAUGGAAGAGCUGCAGAAGAGGGUGGACGAGUUGCGGACGAAGCAGGCCAUCCAACCGGGGAGUCUUCCGGAAAUGAACCUGCCGCUUGCGAAGACGGCGGUGCUGGUGGAGGAGCGGAGGCAGAAGGUCAGGGACCUGGAGAGGCAGGUGGAGCAGCUGUCCAGCCUGGCGCCGAGGAAGAGAAAGGAGAUGGAACGGCUGCAGAUGGAGGUUACGGCUUUGGCGGCGAAGAGGACGCAGGUGAGCGCUGCGGCAAGGGAGGCGAAGCGAAGGAGGGAGAACGCGCAGAAGGCCGGCGGGGCGGACGACGAGAUGGAGGCUAAGGGGCGGUGGUAUCGGGCGAGCGAGGCCGCUUUGAGGGAGAUGCUGGGCUUGAAGGAGUAA